GGCGCGACCGGGCGGCGUUGGAUGGAGGUUCCCGUCCGCCGGGUCUUCCGCCCCAGCUUGGAAUGUCCUGGGGAGCCGCCGCCGACCGGGACCGAGACCGGGACCGGGGAGGGGGGCUCGGCGGCCGCCGCCGACGAGAGCUGUUUCAGUGCCUCAUCUUAGUCUGGAGCUCGGUGCUUUCAACUCCUGUAAUCAGGCGCUAUGCAUCCAGAUCCCGGCCGCUUACAGGCACUGCUCUUCGUCACUGCCUCCGCUCUCCUCUCUGCCGCCAGGGGCUCAGAUCUCACUCCCCACUUUGUUGCUGAGCCCUCGUCCACUGUUCAGAAGUCUGGUGGGCCCGUGCAACUCCGCUGCUCUGCUGAGCCCUCCACAGCUCACCUUUCUUGGCUCUUCAACGGGGAGCCUCUGGACAGUAAGGCAGGAGAAGUGGAAAUCCAGUCUGGAUCUUUGAGAAUCGUCUCCCUCAGCCUGUCUACCUCUGGUCACUAUCAGUGUGUUGCUAACAGCAGUGUGGGUGCUGUUGUGAGCAGGCCUGCAAUGGUAUCCAUGGGCAAUUUGGCUCAUUUUGACACAUCUGUGCAACCUGCAAUUGCAGCAGAGGAAGGUGGUUCAGCUUUCAUUGGAUGCAAAGUGCCAGAAAGUAACCCUAAAGCACAGGUUCGCUUUCAAGUGCGGGGCAAAUGGCUGGAACAAUCAACAGACAAUUACCUGAUUCUUCCAUCUGGAAACCUGCAGAUUGUGAAUGUAUCUUUAGAAGACAGAGGAUCCUAUAAAUGUGCAGCCUACAACCCAGUCACCCACGAGCUCAGGGUGGAACUCACCGGACGGAAGCUUGUGGUCACACGCUCUUCUUCAGGUGAAUUCCACAUCCUUCACCCACUGGUAGCCCAGAGCCUGGCAGUGCCCCGGCACAGCGCUCUGACGCUGGAAUGUGUGGUGGGAGGGUCACCUCCAGCCUCCAUCCGCUGGCUCAGGGACGGCCGGGACGUGCUGAGGAGAGGCAGGUGGAAGCAGCUGCACUCCCACCUGGUGACAGACAGGCUGGAGAUGUCCGACUCGGGAAAUUACUCCUGCGUGGUGGGAAAUGAGUUUGGAGUGGUGAAAUACGUGAACUAUUCACUUACUGUACUUGAACCCGCCUCCAUCACCAAGGGGCUGCAAGACCAACGCGUGGCCUCCGGAGCGACGGCGCAUCUGUGGUGCGAGGCGCGCGGCAGCCCCGCUCCCAGCCUGGCCUGGCUGCACAACGCCGCUCCCCUGCGGCCCUCGGCGCGGCACGUCCCGGCGGGAAACCGCCUGCACAUCCACGGCCUCAGCCAGCAGGACUCGGGCCUGUACCAGUGCGUGGCCACCAACGGGCUCGGCUUCGUGCAGUCCACCGGCAGGCUCCGUGUCCAGCCAGUGCCUUCAGAAACUGCCCUGGAAGCAGCAGCUCCCCUGGAGAUUGCCCAGAGCCAGGAAAGCGACGGGGACUUCGGUGCAGAGCCGUCGUUUGCAAGCUCUCCUCCGACAGACCCGCCUUCGGAUGCGGCCGCCACCGACAGAACCUCUCCCGCUGCCCCCGAAGCCCCCAUCAUCCUCAGCCCCCCACAGACCCUCAAACCUGACAUGUACAACCUGCUGUGGCGCCCAGGCCGCGACGGGGGCUCGCCCAUCAACGCCUAUUUUGUCAAGUACCGCAAGCUGGAUGACAGCGCUGGUGCAGUGGGAAGCUGGCACACAGUGCGUGUCCCUGGCAGCGAGAACGAGCUGCGACUCACUGAGCUGGAGCCUUCCAGCCUGUACGAAGUUCUGAUGGUGGCGAGGAGCACUGCAGGCGAAGGGCAGCCUGCCAUGCUGACCUUCCGCACCAGCAAAGAGAGAACAUCAGCUUCAAAAAACACCCAGGCUCCUUCUCCACCAGUGGGCAUUCCAAAGCAUCCUGUCAUCCACGAAGGGACGAACAGUUUUGGUGUCGUCCUUCCAGACCCGUCUCGGCACAGCGGAGUUCCAGAAGCUCCCGACCGACCGACGAUCUCCGCGGCGUCCGAGUCGUCCGCCUACGUCACCUGGAUCCCGCGAGCAAACGGUGGCUCCCCCAUCACGGCCUUCAAAGUGGAGUACAAACGCCUGGCUCGAAACAGCGACUGGCUCGUUGCAGCCGACAACAUUUCUCCUUCCAAACUGUCCGUGGAAGUGCGUAACUUGGAGCCAGGCCAGACGUACAGGUUCCGGGUGAUGGCCGUGAACAGCUGUGGGGAGAGUCCCCGCAGCGCGGCGUCGCGGCCCUACGAGGUGGCCGGCUUCAGCGGCCGCUUCUCCAGCCGCCCCAUCGCCGGGCCCCACAUCGCCUACACCGAGGCCGUCAGCGACACGCAGAUCAUGUUGAAGUGGACGUAUAUCACAUCAAGCAACAACAACACACCCAUCCAAGGAUUUUACAUCUACUAUCGGCCCACGGACAGCGACAACGACAGCGACUACAAGAGGGAUAUCGUGGAAGGGACGAAGCAAUGGCACUUGAUAAAUCACCUGCAGCCUGAGACAUCUUACGACAUUAAAAUGCAGUGUUACAACGAGGGUGGUGAGAGCGAGUACAGCAACGUGAUGAUCUGCGAGACCAAAGUGAAGCGCACGCCGGGAGCGUCCGAAUAUCCGGUGAGAGACCUGAGUACCCCCCCCAGUGCCCCCGACCGGGUGGCAGGGGGUGUGGGGAGCCCCUCCAGCGGCCCUGUCCGGAGUGGGGACAUGCUCUACCUGAUUGUGGGCUGUGUCCUGGGUGUCAUGGUCCUCAUCCUCAUCGUUUUCAUCGCCAUGUGCCUGUGGAAGAACCGCCAGCAGAACGCCGCGCACAAGUAUGACCCUCCUGGUUAUCUCUACCAAGGGGCGGAUAUCAACGGGCAAAUGCUGGAGUACACGACGUUACCUGGCACGAGCCGAGUCACCAGCAGCAUCCACAGCGGCUUCGGCAGCAACGGCGGCCUCGGCAACGGCUGUCCUCAUGCCCAUCACCAAGUGGGGAAUGGAGUUAAUGGGAUGAUGAACGGAGGAGCUGGGUUGUACCCAGGGCACACCAGCUCCCUGUCCAGGACACACAUGGACUACGAGCAUCCCCACCGCCUCGUGAACGGCGCUGGGAUGUACACAGCAGUGCCACAGGCCGACCCCUCCGAGUGCAUCAGCUGCCGAAACUGCCGCAACAACAACAGGUGUUUCACCAAAACCAACGGCACUUUCGGCAGCGCCGCGCUCCCCGUCGUGCCCGUCGUAGCACCUUACCAGCAGGAUGGUUUGGAAAUGAAACCUUUGAAUCACCACGUGAUGGUGACCAUGUGCUUGGCCUCCACCGUCCCGGAGUGCAGCGCCAGGCUGGAGGAGGAGGAUGGGAAGGAGAAAGCAGAGCAGCCCUCCAGCCAGCAUCCCUGCUGUGGGAACAGCAUGGACCGGCUCUCUGGGGACUGCACGGAUGGUGACAACUGCGUGCACUCCGAAACACCCAACUGCCUUUUGAGCUGGAGCCCCCUCCUGCUGCAGCCUGUUUCCAAGGACUGUAAGGAAAAACCCAGCUGGAGCUCACCCUCAGUCACCUUCAACGGUUCCGGGGACCUUCGGCAGCUCCAUCUGCAGGAAACCUGAGGAAGUGACCGUUGUGUCCCCACUUGACGCCAGGGACUGCGCAGCGGAGUCGCUGACAGGGAGUGAUGGAGGGAUGUUAAUUAUAACAGAGAGAGUCACUAUUUAUUUUUUUGUAGUAGUGUCAUAUGAAUGUAUCUUGUUUUUCAAAAUGAUUGCCUUUUUAUAUUAUUUAUGCCUUGAAAUGCCCUUCUUUUUGGUUGGUUUUUCAUUGUUUCUUCCCCGCUCCCUCCCGCCCCUCCCCUGCACCGCCAAAGCAGCCUUGGUUACGUGUAUAAAAGAAAGGAAGAGUUGUAAUAAUAUAAAGAACAACGCUGGGAA